AUGCAAAAACGUGCCAUCCUUUCAUCCGGCCUCAUCAUUCAAAAGAACAUCUCUAUCACCACCACUGCGAUCUCAUCAUCAUUUUUGAAGAAACCAUCCCAUCAUCAACAACGAGAAUUUUCUCAAACUAUUCCAACCAUGAGUGCUCAAAUUUAUAACGAACAUUUAAAGCCUAUCAUUGAAAAACAAUUAAACGAAAUCAGACAAGCAGGAACCUACAAGAAGGAAAGAGUCAUCACUUCUCCGCAAGCAUCAAAAAUUACAACACUUCAAACAGGAAAGAAUGAAGUCUUGAACUUCUGUGCCAAUAACUAUUUGGGCUUGAGUGAUCAUCCAGAGUUAAUCAAAGCAGCAAAGAAGGCUCUUGAUACUCAUGGAAUGGGUCUAUCAUCAGUUCGUUUCAUUUGUGGUACUCAAGAUAUCCAUAAGGAAUUAGAAACUAAAAUUUCAGAGUUCCAUGGCACAGAAGACACUAUUCUCUAUCCAUCAUGUUUUGAUGCUAAUGGUGGUUUGUUUGAAUGUCUUCUCAAUGAAGAAGAUGCUGUGAUCAGUGAUGCUUUGAAUCAUGCAAGUAUCAUUGAUGGUAUUCGUUUGUGCAAGGCUCAACGAUUCAGAUACAAACAUAUGGACAUGGCUGAUUUAGAGAAAAUUUUGCAGGAGACUCAAAGUGCUCGUACUAGAUUGAUCGCAACUGAUGGUGUGUUUAGUAUGGAUGGUGAUGUUGCACCACUUCCAGAAAUUGUGAAAUUGGCUGAGAAGUACAAGGCUAUUGUUUUUAUUGACGAAUGUCAUGCAACUGGAUUCUUUGGAAAAACUGGUCGUGGCACUCCAGAGCACUUUGGUUUGGAAGGAAAGAUUGAUAUUAUUAAUUCGACAUUGGGAAAGGCUUUAGGUGGUAGCACAGGAGGAUACACCACUGGAAGAAAGGAAAUUAUUGAGCUUUUAAGACAACGUGCUCGUCCAUACCUUUUUUCCAACUCACUUGCUCCUCCAGUAGUAGGUGCAUCAUUGAAAGUUUUUGAAAUGAUUUCAAAGGACACUUCACUAAGAGAUCAUCUCAUGGACAAUACUAAACUUUUCAGACAAUCCAUGAAGAAAGCUGGCUUUGAAAUUAUUGGAGAUGAUUCUUGCCCAAUUGUUCCAGUUAUGCUUAGAGACGCAAGAUUGGCAUCAGAAUUUGCUGAUGAAAUGCUGAAGAGAGGCAUUUAUGUCAUUGGUUUCUCUUAUCCUGUUGUUCCAAAAGAUCAAGCUAGAAUCAGAGUGCAAUUAUCUGCUGGACAUUCCAGAGAACAAGUCGAGAAAUGUAUCAAUGCAUUCAUUGAGGUUGGAAAACAAAAAGGCAUUAUCAAAAUGUCUAAUCUUUAG